GUUGUGCUGGCUGUCAAUGCUGCCAUUUAUAGAAAUGGCGAAGAAAAACCAGCAAUGCGUUGGUCCUUUGAAAUGGGAAUCGGGGGCAAAAGUGACAAGAUGUUGUUUGAUUUUAUUUUCCGAGUUAGAGAAGGAUUUGGUAUCGCAGAUCAGUGUAGCCAGCUAAACAUAGCGAGAUUCAGAGUGACGAUCAAGUCACAACGAACUGUCCAAAGGGCAGAGUAUUUGAGAUUGAUCCCCAAGAACAGUGGAAUGCAGCGAUUUCCAAAGUGAUAACGAAGGAGCAGGAGUUAAUUGAUAGGUUUCCCAAAUCUGGCUUAAAUUUGAAAAAUAGAAUAAGCUUUUUAUUUAUGAUCAUUCAUUACCCGUGUCCAUAUUAUUGUCGAGCGAUUCCAACUUAAUUUUUUUCUAUGUCAAAAUAUGUGCUAACUGGUCAUUUCCCUAAAAUGCUAUGGUAUCUGUCUUUGUAAUAUAGUGAAGGUGUAUGAGAUUGAGUUGAAAGCUGCUUAUACCCACAUCCGCAAUUCAGCACAGGCGAAGCGGGCUGGCACAUCUGUAGACGGAAAUCCUAUGCCGACAGUGCCUUCGAAAAUAGCAAAGUCAGCAAAGCCUGGCUGUCCAAAAGCAGCUCAUAGGAUUGAAGACGAAAGGCUGUACAAAUCUUUAUUUAAAUCUCUU